UCCAGUGAGAGCAAGCUCUGAGGCCAGGCACUGCGAGCGCAGUCGGAAGAGAAAAAUAGGAAGCGUCCGAUUUUGCUGUCUGUUCGCACGCUGACCAGGCAUCAAGAGCCACAAGCACCUGUGACCAGAAAACAGCUUGAGAAUGACAAGGAAGAUCUUCACCAACACCAGGGAGCGAUGGAGGCAGCAAAAUGUGAACAGCGCCUUUGCCAAGCUGAGGAAACUCAUUCCCACCCACCCACCAGACAAAAAACUGAGCAAGAACGAGACACUCCGGUUAGCUAUGAGGUAUAUCAACUUCCUUGUCAAGGUCCUGGGAGAGCCAGGCCUGCAGCAGACGGCAGUGGCAGCACGGGGCAGCAUCCUGGGGUUCUUCCAGCAAGCCCCACGUUUGCAAAGCAUGGAGGAGCUGACACUGAUUGAAAACUGUGGUGUCUCCUCUCCUGGUAUGAGCAGCAAUAUAGUAGAGUGUUGGUCAGAGACAUCAUCUCCCUAG